AUGGAAAGAGCUGUACAAGCCUAUGAGGGGAUGUUUGAGGAGAAGGAGACACUGCUAUACGCCAUACAGUCCAUCACAAGAGAAACAGAGGAAAGCAUGAAAGGAAAGUUGCCAGCGAAGGGCAUCAAGUCUUGCAAAAAGAGAAUAAAGAAUGAAACGGCUGCGAUGAUCGAAACGAUUGACGGAUUUCUUGGCCGCGAUCCACCAGAAGACCCAGACGCCAUAGAACACUCUGCAGAGGAAUAG